GAGAGAGAAGGAGAGGAAGAGAGAAGGAGAGGAAGAGAGAGAAGGAGAAGGAGAGAGAGAGAGGGAGAGAAAGAGAGAGAGAAGGAGAGAGAGAGAGAGAGAAGGAGACGGAGAGAGGGCGGGGAAGGCAGCUGGGCCCGCGGGCGCCUGGAUGGCCUCCCUGCCCGCCGCCCCCGCGGGCGCUGCCACCUCCGCGGCCGCCCCCGAGUCGAUCCCGCCGGCCGCGCCCCCCGCCGGGGUCUCCUUCCAGCUGCAGAUCGGUCUGACCCGCGAGUACGUCCUGCUGCCCGCCGCCUGCGACCUCGCCCACGUCAAGCAGCUGGCCUGCUCCAUCGUGGACCAGAAGUUUCCCGAGUGCGGAUUCUACGGCCUCUACGAUAAAAUCCUGCUGUUCAAACAUGACUCCUCAACAGCCAACAUCCUGCAACUGGUCCGAGCCGCCUCUGACAUUCAGGAGGGGGACCUGGUGGAGGUGGUUCUCUCAGCCUCGGCUACUUUUGAGGACUUCCAGAUCCGUCCGCACGCUCUCAAUGUCCACUCGUACCGGGCCCCGGCCUUCUGCGACCACUGUGGAGAGAUGCUUUUCGGUUUGGUCCGCCAAGGCCUCAAAUGUGACGGUUGCGGCCUGAACUACCACAAACGCUGCGCCUUCAGCAUCCCCAACAAUUGCAGCAGCGCUAGGAAACGCCGCCUCUCGUCCACCUCGCUGGCCAACUCACAGUCCUUGCGGCUGUCAAUCACCGAAUCCUUGCCCUGCGCCCCGGACGAACUGAGUCGGUGUUCCACGGAGCUCUUUCCCCGCCGCCUGACCUCCUCCACCUACAUCGGCCGCCCCCUUGAGCUGGACAAGCUCUUCCUCUCCAAGGUGAAGGUGCCCCACACCUUCCUCAUCCACUCCUACACCCGCCCCACCGUCUGCCAGUACUGCAAGAAACUCCUCAAAGGCCUCUUCCGCCAGGGCCUUCAGUGCAAAGACUGCAAAUUCAACUGCCACAAGCGCUGCGCGACCCGAGUGCCCAAUGACUGUCUGGGAGAGACCUCCUUUAACGGUGGUGAUGUUUCUGUGGAAGAAUCGAGUGAUCUCAGCGAGGCGGAUAAGAACUCGCUCAUGGACGAGUCCGACGAUUCGGGGAUCAUCCCGGGAUCCCACUCGGAGAGUGAGCUGCGCAUGGACGAGGACGCGGACAGCCUCCAGAAGUCCCAGAGCUCCGUGGGGUACAUCCCCCUGAUGCGAGUCGUCCAGUCCGUCCGCCAGACCACCCGCAAGUCCAGCACGGCCCUGAAGGAAGGCUGGAUGGUGCAUUUCAGCAACAAGGACACCCUGCGGAAACGCCACUACUGGCGGCUGGACAGCAAGUGCCUCACCCUCUUCCAGAACAAGAGUAGCAACCGCUAUUACAAGGAGAUCCCGUUGUCGGAGAUUCUGGCCGUGGAGCCGGCUCAGGAUUUUUCCCUCAUGCCGUCCGGUGCCAAUCCUCACUGCUUCGAAAUCAUUACCGCCAACGCCACCUACUACGUGGGCGAGAAUGGCGCCCCCAGCAACCCGCAGCACGGCGGAGACAGCCUGGAACACGCCAAGGCCUGGGAGAUGGCCCUCCGCCAAGCCUUCAUGCCGGUCGUCCUGCAGGGGGUGCCAGCGGCCCAGGGACAGCCCCCCCACAGACAAGCGUCUUUGCGGAUCUCUGUGUCCAACAGCCAAAUCCAGGAGAACGUGGAUAUUGCCACCGUCUACCAGAUAUUCCCCGAUGAGGUCCUGGGCUCCGGGCAGUUUGGCGUGGUCUACGGAGGGAAGCACCGCAAGACAGGUCGGGAUGUGGCGGUGAAGGUCAUCGACAAGCUUCGUUUCCCCACAAAGCAGGAGAGUCAACUGCGCAACGAGGUCGCCAUCCUGCAGAGUUUGAGGCACCCUGGGAUUGUAAACCUGGAAUGCAUGUUUGAGACCCCGGAGAAAGUCUUUGUCGUGAUGGAGAAGCUCCACGGGGAUAUGUUGGAGAUGAUCCUGUCUUCGGAGAAGGGUCGGCUCCCAGAGAGACUGACCAAGUUCCUGAUCACCCAGGUCCUGGUUGCCCUCCGACAUCUGCAUUUCAAGAACAUCGUUCACUGCGACCUGAAGCCUGAAAACGUCCUCCUGGCAUCAGCCGAGCCUUUCCCCCAGGUGAAGCUGUGUGACUUUGGCUUCGCCCGCAUCAUUGGCGAGAAAUCCUUCCGCCGUUCGGUAGUGGGCACGCCGGCCUACCUGGCCCCCGAGGUCCUGCUCAACCAGGGCUACAACCGCUCUCUGGACAUGUGGUCGGUGGGCGUCAUCAUGUACGUCAGCCUGAGCGGCACCUUCCCGUUCAACGAGGACGAGGACAUCAACGACCAGAUCCAGAACGCCGACUUCAUGUAUCCGCACAACCCCUGGCGGAAGAUUUCGGUUGGAGCCAUCGAUCUGAUCAACAACCUGCUCCAGGUGAAGAUGAGGAAACGUUACAGUGUGGAUAAAUCACUCAGCCACAGUUGGCUACAGGAUUACCAGACCUGGCUGGACCUCCGGGAGCUGGAGAGCCGGAUGUUCGAGCGCUACAUAACCCACGAGAGCGACGACGCCCGUUGGGAGCAGUUUGCCGCGGAGCACCGCCUGCAGUACCCGGAGCAUCUGCGCGUUCGCCGGCUGCGGGAGGAGGAAGAGUCCAGAGAGCAAGAAGAGGAGGAGAUGGAGGUGCAGGGCUUAGCCGAGCGGGUCAGCGUCCUCUGAAGGCCUGUGACCGGGCGGGCAGGACGAAGGGCAACGCAACUGGACGAGGACCUUGACUGGAGCAACCCUGGCCGCUCACUGAAUUCGCACUCGCCACCUCCCCCAUCGUCUCUUUUCCGGGAGGUUGGAAAAACAAGAAACGGAACCUGUCAGAUCUUUGCAAGGAGAGUUUUGGCUGCUCGAAGGUCGGCAUCGCUAAGAGCCACGUUAAAGGAGACCCACAAGGGGCAAGGUAAUCGUGCACAAUGGGUAGAGUCAACCUGGCCCUUGGACGGAGCCCUGCUUCCGUUGUCUCCUCCCCUUUUUCAGGGCUGGGAUGGGGGACUUGCUUUGCACGUUGCAUUAGCCCAAGGGUAGGCAACCUUGGCUCUUUUAUGACUCAUGGAUUCCAACUCCCAGAAUUCCUGAGUCAUCUAUGCUGACUCAGGAAUUCUGGGAGUUGAAGUCCAUGAGUGAUAAAAGAGCCGAGGUUGCUUAUUAGCCCAUUUUGAGUGUUUGGCUAAAAAAGGUUCAUGCAAAAGUAGCCAGUUUUCUUGAGCUAGGACCGAUGGGGGCUACAGGUUGUGUCCCCUCCCACCCAGGGAUGCAGAGGAAGCUUUGGGGAGGUAUGGAGGUUGAGGAAGAGGAAUCGGGACUGUUUCACAGUGGAAACAGCCUCAAAACCGAUGGCGGUGCUCUCUUUGAUGAAGAUUCCUGGUUGAAUGAAGGUUUCUUUGGGGGAGAGGGGGUCUAAUCCAGGGGUCUCCAAACGGGGCCACUUUAAGACUCGUGGACUUCAACUCCCAGCGUUCCUCAGCCGGAAACAUGCAGCAGGCAGAAACACGACGGCUGAGGAAUGCUGGGAGUUGAAGUCCACGAGUCUUAAAGUGGCCCCAUUUGGAGACCCCUGAUCGAAUCAAUCUGAGUGGGAAUUGCUCUCUUUGAUCGCUGAAUCGGUGUUUCCUCAAACUUGGCUGCUUUAAGCAGGAUGGACUUCAACUCCCAGAAUUCCCCAGCCAGCUGAAUUCUGGGAGUUGAAGCCCACCCCUCUUAAAAUGGUCCAGCUUUAGAAAUCUUGCUUUUAACGGACUGGCAGAGAGGGAAUUGUCAAGCGGGCAAAAAUUCAUGCAGGCAGCCUUCAAAGUAGGACUCAACGUUGAGGGAGGCAGAAACAGAAAUCGACCCCCCUCGUAUAGCCCCCCCCUCCAAAAUCCCUGCUCCUUCCUCUAUGCCUCCCAAGGGCACGUCGGCUUUCCAAAGUGGACCGUUUGAAACAGGCCAGCGCCACCAAAGACUGGCUCCUUGUGCACCAGACAAAGCUACCUUCUCUUCCAGCGUGGAGUGGGCCAACGUCUUUGCCUCCAAACCACAUGGGCUGGCCAAAAUCCAUGCGCCGGAAGGGAGAGGAAGAAAGCCCAGGGGAGGUGGGGGGAAGAGAUGCUGUGUGGUUCAUUUCUCUUUGAAAGAUUCAAAUCCCACUCUGCACAUCCGGUGAAGGAUUAACCCCAUAAUUUUUUUUUGACGGGACAGGAAUUCUCCGUCUAAAGCAGGGGUUCUCAACCUGUGGGUCGGGACCCCAUUUGGGGUCGAACGACCAUUUCACGGGGGUCGCCAAACCAUGCUGUCCUCCAUUUUUUUCCCUUUUCCCUAGCUGUCCUACUCCCUCUUAUUGGUGGCCACACCCACUUGGGGGUCACCACAAUAUGGGGAACUGUAUUAUGGGGUCACAGCAUUAGAAAGGUUGAGAACCACUGAUCUAAAGCUUUCCAUGAUGGUCAGCUAGAAAUAUUUUUGCCCCCAGCCAGGCUGAUGGGAAUGGUAGUCUCACCUCGCUGGAAGAACAGUAGCAGUUUGCAGGCCUCUGGGUUUCUCUGGGAAGGAGAAAUAUGUGGGUUUGAGGUUGUUUGCAUAACGCAAACCAAGAUGGGAUUUCCCCCCCUCUUCCCACCAAGAUUUCAGCCCCUCCCUAUUGGCGUUUAUUAGAUUAAAGGUCCGUCUCUCCUCUUCUGCUAUUAAAUUUGGCCAACAUCCUUCUGCUGAAGCUUACUGAUUCCAACCCCCCCACUCCCCACCCGGCACUUAACUGGAUUCACAACUACCACCAAAUUUCUGGUUUGCUCAUUAGAGUUUGUGGAAUAAACCACCAUUGAUUGGUCAAUGGGAAAGAGUCGGUUUUGAUAUGGGGCGGUCUCUGAUGUGGCCACUUCCUAGCAACUGGGCUUGCUUUGAAGAGGCAGCUUACCCCGGACAAUUGUUUAUACCCUGAAAUGUCUAUUUUUUUUUUUUAAAUAGCCUGAACGUUGUGUUGUAUAUAAAAAUACAUUUAAAUCCUA